AAACUAUUGGACUGCGUACACAGGAAGGAAGGUUCUGUCUUCAGGGAAACACGCGUUUUGGAGGAGAUGGUGCGGUUCAAAUCCAGGUACCUCCUGUGCGAGGUUUCUUUCGCCGACCCCCGCUCCAGGCAGUGUCUGGAGGAGAGGGCAGUUUUCUCUGCAGUGAGGGACGCGAUCGCCCGGGCUCACGGCGACUACGGAGCGGCAUGCUGCGCGGUCUCCUUUGCAGUGAAGUACCUCAACGCUUACACUGGGAUCCUGCUUCUGCGCUGCCGCAAGGAACACUACCGGCUGCUGUGGUCAGCGCUCCCGUUCAUCAACCACCUGGAGAGCCGGGGGCAGAGGCAGCCCUGUCGCAUCAGCAGCAUCCAUGUGGGCGGUACGAUCCGAACGUGCCAGCGGUUCUUGAUCCGGUAUAACAGACAGCAGCUGCUGAGGAUGCUGCCAGGCUGUCAGAGUGAAGAGGAGCGGGCGUCGGUGCACAGGGCAGUGCUGAGCUGCUCGCUGAAGCAGCUUGAGGAAGAAGGCUCUCGGGAUGAAGACUCUGACUGACUGACUGGCUCUCCAGUGUCUCCUGGAUGAAGGAGGCUGCCUUCCCAGACACCUACAGGACGAGCACCCAGACCAAACACCUGCUGCUCACACACUGCGGGGGAACGGCCUGUUGUCAGAUUCAGGACCCCAGUUCCUCAGCAGCUUAAACCACUGAAGACUUUACUGCAACCUUAAAAUGACAUUCACUGAAGACCACAAGAAAGGCUGGUUUCACAAAACCUGCCUUACCUAAGGUAACAGUGGUUGGACAGAGAACAUUCAAAUGUGUUUUAGUUUUCCUCAGGAGUUCACUGCUGUGUUACGUGUAUCGUGUAAAUCAAUUCCAUUACAUUAAAGGACAUUUCACCUUUUUAGACCGGAAGACAGCAAUGUUAUUUAAAUGACAUUACUCCCUUAGGGUUACCAGCAGUCAGAACAGAUGGUGUGCAACUGCCCUGCUGACUUGCAGAAUCAUGCUUGUACACAGACCACCAAGAAUAUUACUCUCAGUCCGUUCUCAUCUUGAAGUGGCAAGAGUUUAUUAACAUGCUGAACAAAUCAGUGUUUUAACUGGAACAUCUUGACACUUAGAGGAAAAUACUUUCUUUACCCUCAAACUAACACGGUUCAAGCCAGACCCAGAUUUACCAACAUAUCUAAAAUGGAUUUUCAUUAUAAUCCAGUUGUAUAGGACAAAACCAGUUUCCAGUGCAUGAAGGUGGGUAGGGAUUCAUUCCCUGCUCGUUCAGGAACAGUCCCAAUAACAACACCACCAAAAAAAAAUAAAUAAUAAUAAAGUAUCACUCCAAGGCUUUGAUUAUGCAUAUUAUUUUAUUCCAUCAAACUGUUGGCUUAAACUUUCUCACAAGUGACAAAAUUAAACUUUUUUUUUGUCUAACUCAAAAUAAAAGAUGGGGGGGAACAAAAAACCCACAAAUCAAGCUGCAGAAAACGUUAAAUGACGGCUGCAACCCAGAACAGGCAGGUUUGCAAAUAGUGAUUCAAGCUUGAAGAAUGGAGACUCCGUUGUGUGCUGGGGCCGGGUCUCGUUCUACCUCCACUGGGUCUCAGAGAAAGAAUACCAGGGAUUA